AUGCGCAACCAUACUCCCCCAAACUACCACCGCCUCCACACCGUGAAAAUCAGCAACCUGUCCUACUCCACCUCUGAAGAUACCCUUGAACGCAUUUUCUCCAGAUAUGGUUCAAUUGGUUACUGCUAUAUCGCUAAGAACCCCGUAACCAAGAAGAGCAGGGGCUUCGGCUUUGUAAAAUUUUACCAUAGAUCAUCCGCAAUAGACGCAACUUAUCGUCUCAACGGUGAAGUCAUGGAAGGAAGGAUCAUGGAAGUGAGCCUGACAGACAGGAGAUUGAGAAGAAGCCUAGCAAGGCGCGUCAGACGCAGCGAGUCUUCAGACUCAAACUCCUCCGAAUAUUAUUCGCAUAAAUACCUCACCCUGAAAGUCGAAAAUUUGACAUAUCGAACAGACGAAAAAGAUUUGAAAGACAAGUUUUACCACUGCGGACCAAUUGCUGAUAUUUACGUGCCCAGGAUUCGUCAUACGCAUUUGAAUCGAGGGUUCGCUUUUAUUAGGUUCUACAGAAAGUAUGAUGCGAUUUUUGCCAUUGAAAAUUUGGACGACACCAGGUUGAAUGGGAGAAGGAUUAAAAUCAGGGAAGCGAGAUACGGGAAGCCACCCCCGAAUAGGAGAUUUGCUUAUGGGUCGUCUCCCAUGGCAGAAAAGCUCAGAAAACAUCGCUAG